GCCAGCCCAUCGCGCUUGGCUUCGAUCGCCGCGCAGGAAGCAACAGCAACAGGAUGGACCUCCCUGCAAUCGCUCGUAUCGUGGAGGCCGUCGAGGUCAUCUACAGCCCGCUUGCGAGCCACGAACAGCGCAAGACCGCGGAGUCGUUUUGCGAGGACCUGAAGCACGAUACAAAUGCGCCACUCUAUGGCCACUAUUUGGCCCAUCGGUCUAGCGGACAGAGCGACACCGUUCGCCACCUCGGCCUCUCCAUGCUCGAGGAUGCCGUUCGGUACAAAUGGGACAACUACGAUGAUCCAACCAAACUGAAACUCCGGGAGAUGUCAAUUGAUCUCGUCAAAGCCGGCACCAAAGGAAUCGAAUUCGAGAAAAACUUUAUCAAAGAGAAAAUCGUCCGCAUCUUUGUGGAGAUCGCCAAGCGCCAGUGGCCGUGGGAGUGGCCGGAUAUGGACCUUUUGAUCCAAGAGUUGUAUCGGGAUUCGCCUACCACGCAAGAGCUGAGUCUCAUGAUCUAUCGAUCUUUGGCCGAGGACGUGUUCAUUUACGAAGAUGCUGUGGCUGAGCUCAGGAAGAGAGAGCUGACUGCCAUCAUGCUCUCGGUGAGCAUGAGCAGUGGGAUCAUUCAGUCCAGUCAUUUGUCAUACCAGGAGCAAAAGGCUGCCGAGGCGAACGGAGCCCCGCCAAAGCCUGCGGGACGGACAGAUAUGGAGCUUCUCUUCAAGUACAUGCAAACCAAUCCUCAGAAUGUAGGAUGGCUCAACAAAUGGACCACGGCCUGCGCGCAGCUUCAUGAGCAAUGGCAUAAUCUGACUGCGAUUCAAAACGCCGAUUCAAGCAUGGUCGAGUGUCUCCUGGUCCGCCAUUUAAACACGGUCGUUGUGUUUCUCGAUUGGGUAUGGCUGAGAUCUAUAAUCGAGGCCGAAGUUGCGUCUAGAGUGUGCCCACUCCUUCUUUCCACGUCGCGUUCAAUCAGGAUGGGGGCAGUCGAGUGUUUGCUCGUGCUGUUUUCCAAAAACAUCAAUUUGGCCGACGAGAAUCGAUACUUUGCCAUUUUGAAACCUGUUUUUGUCGACAACAAUCUGGGGAUCAUGGCCAAGGCCUGGACGAGCGCACACGGCUCGCAGGAUAUCAACAGCAUCGACAUACUGCAGCAGACAUUGCUCGUGUCCGAGGACAACUACCCUUUCUUGAAGCGCUUGGCGCAGGCACUGGUGGCGGUUGGCGAGCGCCAGAUCUGUAUCAAGAAGAACGACUCAACGCCGCCUCUAUUUGAAAGCUAUUUGGCCAUGUUGAUGGUGGUUUUCGAUCAUCCAUCCCUCUUGGUUGCAUCGAGUGCAGCUUAUUUGUGGCCGGAUUUUCUCAAGCACACAUACUUCAAAAAGUCGCCUCAAGUGCUGGCUUGCAUCUCGAAGUUACUGGGCGGCAUUCCGCAGAAACUGCUCCUGACGAACCAAGCAAAUCUCACAGAGGCGUCUGAGCACUACAAUCAAAUUGAUUUUGAUACUGCUGGGGAGUACUUUCAAUUUGCAAGCUCCUUUCGGAUGAAAUGCCUGGAGAUCAUCAAGCAAGCAGUUCAGCUUGAGCCGUCCGCUACGUUUUUGUGGAUCUGCUCUGAGAUCAGUGCCAUAAUGACCGAUAAGCCGAGCCCAAGCGAGCUCAACGCGCUGGGAUAUUGCCGUGGAGAUUCAAAGUAUUAUCUUCGUUUCCAAAACUUGUGUGUCGUUCUGGAGUCGAUUGUCUCGGCCCUUUCAAAGGACGCCAUAUUUGGCGACUCCAAGGACGCCUUUGAGAUACGAAACUAUAUGACGAAGCUCUGUGACAUGCUUAUCACAUACGAGUACAUGGAUCCGCGCAUAACAAAGGUCCAGCUGUCAAUGAUCGCGUCUCUUGUCGACGUACUGGGCAGUAGCAGAGAGCAUUUGUUAAAGGCACUUCACAAGCUCUUCACCUUUGUGAGCUUUGUGAUGGUCGACGAAGUCGAUAAUGUAGCUGCAGGAAGGCCUCUGCGUGAUGAGACAUUUGAACUCCGAGUCAAAGCAGCUUCCUGCUUGGUGCGUGUUGGCACGGCCAUGCCCGACGCCUUGAUGGGCCUUUAUCCCGACAUUGCUGCGGCUGUCGACGGCUUGAUAUCGAGUCCCGCGGUGACUUUGGUCGAAAAAACGCUUCUCCACGAGUUCAAGGCAUCAAUUAUCUUCUACAGUUCGAUCGAGCCAGCCCAAAGAACGUACCUGUGGAACCAAAUCAUGGAUCCUUGUAUCAAAGUCUGGGCCGAGACUAUUUCAGUCGGAGCUUUAUCAAGUGGCGAGGAGUUGUAUCGGCUCCUCGGAAUGGACUCCCUGGAUGUUCAAGGCCAGGGAUCCGGUAUCCACGGAGAUGCUCUGUUGCUCAAGGGCACUUUACACACGAUUGUAAGGCUGCUCAAAAGGACAGUACUUUGUAUGAAGUCAAGUCCCGAACGAUCGACAGGUCUUUGCCAACUCUGGACGCCAUACUAUAGCAGAAUGCUCCCGGGCAUUUGCGCUGUUCUUCACGGAAUCAAUGAACUGUGGUGCCCUCCAAUAAGACAGCGCAUCCCAGUUUAUGCCGCCGGAAUAUUCGACAUAGCCGAUGCUGAGAAGCUGGCCAUAAUGGGCUCCUCAAGCCACACGAGACCCAGUCUUGCAGAUCCAAAUGCAAGCGACUCGCGUAUCAGCAACAUUCGCUCUUGGAUGUCAACCGUGCGCGAAUACAGCUACUCCGCUCUAGGACUGCUGUCAUCCUUUGGUCUCGACUUUUACAACUACCUGUCAAUGACCCAGGACGUGGUUACGCAUGUGCUUGCAGGAGCCGAGUUCAUGGACAACCGACACUGGAAGCCCUUGAUUGCAGCGUUUUUGAGACCUCUGAUUCAAAGUUGUCCGCCGCAGAUGUACCAAAGCGUACUUGGAAGCUUCCUGCCCUCGGUUAUGACCUUUAUCCAGCAGAAACUGGACAUGGAGUGGCAGGCGCGAGAUGCGCUUCCUGCAGUAGCUCCGAACGACGAGGACGAGGAGGACCAAGUUUCGACCGAGGUCGUGCUCGAGAAGCUACUUCGGGACUUGACGAGGACAUACUCGGAGCUGCUCUGCUCCUUCUUUGCUCUACCAACAUCGAAGAUCCGCGAGGAGCUGGAGGACAUCGACCGACCCGAGGAUACGGCUGAGACAGGAGUGGCGGCGUUUGCCAACGAAUCACUCGUGCGCUUCUUGAUCGAAAAUAUUAGGAUGGUCGAGCCCCUUCUGUCAAGUAUCUAUCGCCUCAUCACCUAUCACGACAAUGCAGCGGCCAGCCGAGCGCUGACCACCGGAAUCAGGAUUUUGCGGGCCACAUAUAAAGAUCCCAAGUUCCACCACCCUCUUGGAAACGGGCUUUUGAAAGCUGUGUUGCAGAAUCUUCACGACGGCUAUCAUCAGCCAGAGCAUCCCCAAGCAAUCGCGCUCAUCACGGAGCUGUAUGUGCGUCUGAGACCCCAGACUCAAGAGCCGGCUACAGUUUUCCUGUCACUUCCAAACACCGACGAGCAGGCCGUUGCCUCUUUUGAGUCGCGACUGCUUGCAGCAACGACCGCCAAAGAACAGCAGAUUGCUACUCAAGGCUUCCUGCAAAGUAUCACCGGGUCGACGAUCAGCAAACUGUUUCAAAAGCAAGCGAGUUUUGUUCUUCGAGUGCCCGAGAAGGAGCUGCUUGCGCGCCCACCCCCUGACAUUGGCCGCAACGAUAUCUUUGAUGCCACGGCCGAUUCGGAAGUGCUUGGGCAGCUCUUUGAAAGCUAGGACUACUUGCGGACCUGUCGAUCGCUCAGUCGAGCGGCAGGUGCUCUCCUUGGCUGAUAUAACGAAAUGAAGCCCUGGUCUAGGAAAU